AUGAAUAAAAAAUUAGCUAAUACAUAUAACCAAAUAUCUGAUGUUUUUUCACGAGCUUAAAUAAAAAAUGCUGUCGAAUCUCUUGAUAAUUAUCAUGAUAGACUUAAGUUAAUUGACUCAAUUAUUGAUAGAAGACAAUAGAUCAGAUAAGCAAAUGAUUUGUCUAAAAUUACUAAAUAUGCUCAUAUUUUUAGAAAGAUGAUCUAAAGAUAUCGAAAUAAAAAAGAAGACUAAGCUGCUAAUUAAAGAUUAUAAAUGUAGAUGGUCAUGAGUAUGUUUGCUCCUAAAGGAAAAUAAUCUUCACCAAGACAUUUAUACAAAAAUCUAGAAUAAAGAAAGAUUGAUCCACAAUAACUAAAAAUAAAAGAGAUAUCAGAAUAGCGUAGAGAUGCUGUACAAUUAAAAAUGAAUCGAACUUCCAAGAUCUCUAAUUUUCAUUCAGACAGAAAGUAUAACAAUUAGAGAAACAAUACAAAGGAAGGUUGUCGAUUUUCAAAUAGAACUCAACGAUUUUUAAGCUCUAUUGAUGUCGAUGACUAAUAUUAAGAAAAGGAAUUGUAUCUAUGGAGUGUAGAUGAUAAAGAAAUUAAAUCAUUACAAAGUAAAAUAAAAUAAAGUGUUAUUCUUAAAACAAGAAUAAACCUUAAUCAAAAUACUAAAGUAUGAAAUUCAACUUACUUAAGGAUAAUGAGAAUGUCUUAAAAUUGUUAUAAAAGUAACAAUCCACUUUAUCUAGAAGAUAAUAUAAGCCAUAUUCUUAACCUUAACUUCAAGAUCNUAAUUAUACUUUUUCAUUAUCAGCUACUGCAAAUCUACUUGCUUGCUAAAUUCAAAGUCUAUUAUUAUACUCCAUGUCGUUCAGCAAACAAAAAAUCUGGAGGUCUUUUGAAUGCAUCAUAACCUUCAGACUUUUAUUAAACUAGUAUAGAUUUAGUUUUAAGUAUAUUGAACAUAAUAAUAUAAUUAUAACAAAAAUAAAAUGUUAAUAUAUUGAUAAUAGUAUAUUUUGUAAAUUUUAUCAUGUAAUUAGAUUAUUUUAUAUAUAACAUAUUUGA